AACAAAAAAAGUAACAUGUAAACUCACCGUAACUGAAUAUAUGACCAUUUCGCCGAACAAGAAAGAAUUUUUCUUUUAAUUCUGAGUCAUGCGGGCGACACCAUGUCUGUCGUAAGGGGGUUAGCUACUUUCCUGUGCAUUUCUUAAGGAUGAUUACAAGUAGAAAACACAAAAUGGUAUCCCUCUGAAAGCACGGUGCACGUUGUAAUUUAAGUAUUAUCGUUGCAGACAGGUUUAUCCCCUGAUACGCCAUGCGUUCCGAUAUUUAUUUAAUUAAUAUUUAUUUUUAAUUUCCCUUUUAUAAAUUAUGGACCAGCUCAAUACCAGCUGUUUAAAACUAACUUCCUUUAUAUGGGAUAAAUAAUUUGUUUGCUGUCUGUUGGUAAUCUCUAACGUACCCUUAUUGUAUUCGGUUUUGCCCAAUUAUUCAUAUUUGGAUGCCAAGGCAGACAUUUUCUAUUUGUGUAUCCCUUUACUUGCCCGAAGAAUUCUUUCAAGGGGAGCACGACGACACCGAAUAAGUGUAAUAGGGACAGACUGGACCAUCGAUGAGGGCACCGGAGGUUUCCCGACUUGUUUAUAAUUCUGCGGACGAUUAUGAAACAUAUCGCAAGUUGGAAGACAAGGUGGUGUGAACCCUGAAUUCACGGCUUCACAACGUGCGAAUGGUCUGCUGGUGGUCUCACUUGGAAGAGGCGUCCCGUGACCGCUGAAGGUGUGACAAUCUCCAUCCAGCAAAGCAUUGGGCAUGCCUCAGCCGGGCAUGAACGGGAUGGAACCGAUAUUUGGCGAGGCAUUUGGGAGCCACCGGUGCCUACUCACGCCGUACCCGUUAGCGGGGUCUCCGCUGGGGGGCAGGACCGACUGCGACCAGAAUGUGGUCCUGAUGCUGGGCUCCCCGGCGGUACCCCGUAAACGGCCCUUUGAGCUGCUGAGCGACCUGGUGGACGAUGGCUUCGGCGAGGACCUGCACCACGAACGCUGGGACAUUUCUGCACUGGAUGAUAUCACGCGCUACACCAAAGGCAGCCUGGAGGGGGAGCUGGCAAGCUCGGAGGUGAUGCUGAUCGGCAAGUGGGGCAGUAGGGAGGAAUCCACGGAGAAGCAGGCCGGGUCCGGGUUGGACACUCGGGUCCGGGAUGAGCCUGAUCCAACCCCAGAGCCCAGCCUCGCCAAGUCGUCUGCAUCUGACAAGCAGGAGAGUACUUUGACACUGGGGGGUGCAGCUGCAGAGGCAGUGGAGGAAGAGGAAGAAGGGGAGGAGGAAGAGGCACAGGGCCAGGCAGUUACUGAAGCCACUCCAGUGGAAGUGUUUCAGCAGCCAGAGACCACGGCCUCACUGUCUCCCAGUGCCGUGGAGCUCCGCAGUGAGGAGCACAACUACUCCCUGCAGGCCGACCAGGGCUCCGGAUCCAGCCAGGGCUCUGACAGCGAGACGGCAGACACUGAGGAUGAGGAAGGGGAGGAGGAAGAGGAGGAAGAGGAAAGAGCAGCAGAGCCUGGCGACCAGAGCUCCUCUGGAACGGAAUGUGACGGCCACGCGGGCGAGAGGCCGGCGAAGCGCAGGUGCUUCUGGGAGUACAGCCACGGGCGCGACUUGGGGAGCAAGAGGGUCGGGGUGAGGUGGCCGCUGUCCUGGAGCUCCAGUACCCUGCCCAGCACCCUGUACCGGAGGGACGGGACGUCCGGCAAUGGCAAGAAAGGGCGCCGCAAGGCCCGCAAGACGGACGCCAGCGACCUGACCCCCAACCCGCAGAAGCUGUGCAGCAUCGGUGAGCAGCUGCAGAAGCUGAACGUGGCCAUUGACGGCAUGGGACCCGUCAAUGAUCUGCCCGUGGUGGCUCGGGCACGCUCCCGCAAGGAGAAGAACAAGCUAGCCUCCAGGGCUUGUCGCCUAAAGAAGAAAGCCCAGCACGAGGCCAAUAAGAUAAAGCUGUGGGGACUGAACCAGGAGUACAACAACCUGUUGGGGGCGCUGUUGAGGAUCAAGGAGGUGAUCCGGCAGAGGGUGGAGAGCAGCGACGAGUGCAGUGAUGUGGGCAUGACAAAGAAGCUGGAGGACAUUCUGAAGGAGUCUGCUGGUCCCCUGGUGGCCGGCCGGACCAGAGAGUUUGUGGAGAGGAUUCUGGAGUGCAGCGCCGGAGGGCAGGUGGACAAGAGACCCCAGGCAGGGACUCAGUCCGUCUGACUCCUGCCUCCCCCCCCCGCCCGGCCAUCCUCACCCCCCCUUCCAUUCCCACUUUCCUGUGUGUGUGUUUGUGACCAACAGAAUGUAGUUAUGCUUUUGAUUUCCCUAAGAUUCAGUAGCGGUAAUAUAACGUUUUCCACAGGCUGCUCACCGCAAGCUAGCUGCUACAGUUCUGUGUGUGCAUGUGGUGUGUGUGUGUAAACGUGAAAGAGAGCACACACUAUAAUGAAACUGUGUGUGUGUGUGUGUGAGAGCACUAGGUUACCCCCCCCCCUCCCCCCCCACACCCUCCUUUAUCCUGGGUAUAUUUUUAUCCCAUUGUGCCUAAAAAUAGACUUCACACUGCUCAUUGUAGUUGUUGGCUGUGGAAGGGAAGCUGGGUGCUGAGGUGGGGGGAGUCCUUUGGACGGGGUGGGCUGUACAUGGCAGAGUACUUGUGACCGAAAAAAUUGUGAAUCUGGUGCUUUACAACAGAGGGCAUAAAUAAGCACUUUGAAAAACGUAAACACGUUUAGGAACUAUGUCAAGUGUACACAUCCUGAAAUAACUGAUUACCGUUACAAGCUUUUCAUUUUCCAACCUUUACCCGGUUUGUACAAAAGGGAUAUGUCUCGAUGCCUUUUUCGUAAAGCCUUCCGCAAUCUAAUGUGAAUUUAUGAUUGCAAGUACUGGAGAGUUGUCUUUUUUUUUUGUAAAUGUGAAUAAGUUCAAUGUGUGCUGUAUGAAGACAGCCGGAUGUUUGGACCAGGGGGGUGAAAAACACUUGAUUGUACAGCUGGUGUCAGGGGGGUGUCAGGACUAUUCACCGAAUCAGCGAGUCUCAGGGCACUGUCUCUGACUCGUUGGCAGCAAAGCAGCUUGGUCUCGGUGACAUGCGGCGGCCCGUAACCGUGAAUCCUUCUGUCGUGAUGUCUGCUGGUAACCAAGGGCAACGUUUCUGUGUUGAGUGAGGAUAGCUUUAUAGUUGAGGAUAUGUGUUAGUAAAUGUCAACAGGUAGACAAGCUGACCUUGGAAAAAGGAAGAAAGACUAACUAGUUCUGAGAAGAGCACACGGGCGUGUCACUUUUGGGGAGGGGGCGGGUCUGAGCCUCUGAGCACGUGGCGAGUCCCAGCACCCUGGCAUCGAUACUGCUGCGCCGCUCCUGUUGUCUGGACACAGUGGGUCCGGUUCCGAUUCCGCUCCGAGCCCCGGCGCUUUCAUAACAAUGCCUUCUGCAAGUGCCUGGAGUUAAAAGCCAUAACGGGCAGCGCCAGGUAACUGGUGCCCGUGUUGGUGGCCGUUUCGUACCGCGACCGUGCCCUGGGAGGAGGGGUGUGGCCGGGCCAACGGAGGGCACAUGCAGCCCGCUCCCCUACAGAUAUUUCGUUCACAUUUACUAUGUGCCCAACCCUGGCAGAGAGCAAAACAAAAACAAGUAGAUUUUAAAGCAAUAAGACCGACCAAGCGUGUCUUCAGUGUGGAGUCAAGACUACUCAUGGCAGAUAUUGUCAUACCAAAGACAACGUCUAGGUGACAGAAGAGAGUGAACCACCCUCUUCAGGAUGAUGUGUAUGUCGAAAAAAAAAAACCUAAAUGCUGUUUUUAUUUGCCUCCCCGUCCGUCCGAUGGAGGCCAAGGGCAAUUGCCAGUUGAGCUUAUAUGUUCGCUCAAAGCUAGCCCAGUCUGAAGGCUGCUGCCACAUAACGCUAUCUCUGCGCUCGCCAUCUCACGGGACCCAGCUCUGAUUUCUGGCAUAAGGGAUGCAGGUCGGAAUCUUCCUGCAAAAUAACUGUGGUAAUGCACAACCCGAUGUUUGAUUCUUCCUACACGUUUGAGGUCGAUUGUACUUCACGUCAUCCGGCGUGAAACCUGAAGGUUGUACGUGCAGUUUCUUGGGCCAGCAUAAGAGCCGUGUUCAUGACGUAAACUGUUCCUAAUGCCAGACUGGGAAUUUGGGUCAUGUGUGAUGGGGAGCAUAAACAGCCCGACACAGACUGGAUAUAAACAAACCAAGGCUGCUUUUCAGGCUGUGCACAUGAGUUGCUGCGUUCCUCCAGAGCCUAAAUCUGAAUAUGCAUAAAAUCGCAGGAACUUGAGUCCGUCCAUCCGGUGAUGGAGAGUGACCUUCGUCACAUUCUGGUGUCCUGCAGAUGCAGACGGACGUGGUUAACACUACUCGUACUCCCAUUGUCCUGUGUACUGUGGACCCCUGGCUUUAUGCACAGCUACCGGUAAUAUAGUCUGCCUUCAGCCUUAUAUCUAUGUAAAACACGGGCCAUCGUUCGCUAUGGUAUGCACCAGUGUUUAUCCCGCCGUGAACAUCGCGCGCGCACUACGAAUCCUACGUGCAUCCAGAUUUGCGGACCCGCAUACUGGGUUCCGAGACGAUACACCCGGAGCGAUGCACGUGUAUCAACACUAGCUAGCAAAAAUAACGAAGAGAGAAUCCAUGCUGAGUGCCUAUCCACAGACAAUGUGCUUCUUCCAGUGUUAUGCUGUAUUCUGGGGGUUCUUUCUCUGCUCCUGGAAUCCCCUUCCCUCCCUUUCUUUCACUCUCUUCUCUCAGCCGAACAGCUUCGAUUUCAUUCGGGCUUAAUUCCAUUCCAGCUCCGUGCGUCGGCGGAGCAAAACUUGCGCAACGGAGAACGGAGCGGUUAAAUGAGGGUCUGGCAGCGCCGAAAGGCCGAGACGCGUCAUUCCAGAAAGUUUAACGGUCCACCGCCGUCUCCUAUCGCACCGUCUUUGUGCUCUGUGUCUCCUAUAAUCCAAACAUAGGUACUCUUUGCUCAUGCUUUGGUCUGACAGGCAGUCAGUAAGACUUAUGUUACCCACCUUUUCUCUGUAGCAAUCAUAAAACACGAAAACAAACAAAAAAAAGUGCCGUACAAAUAGAAGCCUAAUUUGUUUUUCUGUGAGCGUACUGUAUACCUGUAUAAUGUAUAUUUUACUAUUUAUAAGCAGCUGUUGUAUUAAAGUAUUUUUUUAAAUGC